AUGUCUGAAAAGUUCUUUCAUUUGAAUAAAUUAGAAUUAACUCCUUCCUUAAUGAAGGAAAAAGACACAAUUUCGUUACAUGACCUCUUUAAUACUCCAGGAGAAAUCUAUUCAGUAGUACUUACAACAUUUGUUUUUGAUCUUCAAUGGCUAUUUAACGAAUUACCAAUAUUAACAAGGGUUCCUGUUCAAUUCAUCCAUAAUGGAAAUCUCAGUUGUUUUGAUCAAUUACUCAUUCAACAAUAUAAAGACUUCCAAACAUUCCCCAUUCCUUUAAAAAAAGGUUGUCAUCACGUCAAAAUUAUGAUAAUGUUAUAUGAAGGUGGUCUCCGUUUUGUUUUAUCAACAGCGAAUCUUAUUCCAAUUGAUUACAAUCUCAAAUCUCAAGGGAUAUAUGUCAAAGACUUUAAACCCUCUGAAUCAUCAACAGUCCUCAACGAAAAAGGAACUCAUUUCUUAACAACACUACAAAAUUAUUUAGCUUCAGUUAACGUCACAGUUUCAUAUCUUUCUGAUUUUGAUUAUUCUACUAUUGAUGGAUGGUUAUUAUUAUCAAUUCCAGGGAUUCAUAAGGGUAAUGACUUAAAUAAGUAUGGAAUGAAACAAGUACAUGACAUCCUUAAUAUGAAGCUCCAUGUUCAAUUUAAUAACCAUUGUACCAUCGCUGCGCAAGCAUCUUCUUUAGGACUCUUUACUAGUCAAUAUAGAAGAGAACUUUCUCUCUGUUUAACAAACCAACCCGAAUCAAAAUUUCAGAUUAUAUGGCCAACAGAAGAUUUUAUUCGUACUAGUGAAACAGGAUACCAUGGAAGUUGUUCAUUCUUUCUAAGAAGUAAUUUUGUAAAAACAUGGGAAAAUUACUUUUAUAAAUUUCUUCCUCCAUUUCCAAGACAUCUUAUUCAACCUCAUAUUAAAACGUAUGUCAUUUAUGAAGAAGAUAUUCCUAAGUAUGGUAUUUUAACAUCUUCAAAUAUCUCUGGUGCUGCCUGGGGAAAACCAACAAAUUCAACAUUAGAAAUUAAUAACUAUGAAAUAGGAAUGUUAUUCAUUGACAAUUUCACAUUAGCUAGAUUUCCAUUGCCAUAUGACUCUAAACAAUCAACACGAUAUUCUUCAACUGAUAUUCCAUGGAUUUGUGAUGUAGACCAUGAAGUAGUUGAUGUGGAUGCAAUUGAAUUAGAUGAAAGGAUGAAUAAAUGUGAUGAAAAAAUUCAACAACUUUAUUCGAUUGAAAAUGAUUACAUUGGAAAGAUAGAAGUUAAUUUAUCAGAGUUUGGACAGUCAUUUGUUGAUAGUCCAGCUCCUCUAAUACUGUCAGAAAAAUAUAAAGAUCAACGACAAAAUCUUCAACUUCCAACAGAAAUCUUUUUUUCUUUUGGUAAAAUAUUCACUUUAAACAAAAUUAAAAGAGUAAUUACUGAAAAAGGUAUUACUGAUAUUGAAAUUGAUACAAAAAAAAGAACAGUUAUUAAGUCUCUUAAAAAUAAUGGAUUAGAUGGCUCAUUCUUUGCAAUUAAAUAUAAUGAUGAUUAUACUGUUGAUUUUGCUGUAAUGUCAACUGAUCCAAACAAUAUACUUUAUAUAUCUAGUGAAGAAGGAUACUCAAAGAAAUUUUUAGCAAAUGUAAAAAGAGAAGAAGAAGAAGAAUUUGAUGUAUUUGGAAAGAAAGUAAAAUAUUGUAUGAUAAUGAAAAAGAUUCCAUUAAUCAAUCCUCUGUCAUUAUUUUCUCUAAGAAAAUUAUAUGCGUCAUCAAAAUAUACAUUAGAUUCUAUUACUACUCCUAGAGGUUGGAAAGGUAAACUUUCAUAUUUUCAAGCUACAUUAACAUUAAAAGAAACUUUCUUUAUUGAUAUAGAUGAACGUAUUCUUAUGGAUGAAGAAGGGUUCAUUGUAGGUAUUAAAGACCAAAUUAAAACAAGUGAAAUUGCAAUAUAUCCAAAAAUGGGUUCUCCUUAUUGGAUGGCAUUAGUAGAAGGAAAAGAGAAUGCAAUUGUAUUAUAUGACAAUGGACGUAAAUUUGAUGAUAUAAAAGAUUGGAUUACAAGUAAAAUAUCUGCUCAAUUAGAAUAUCCUGUUAUUCAUAAAGAUGUAACUUUAUUAUUUUUUGAAGAAGACCCUGACUUUCAAUACAAGUUAUUAGUUGAUUUAAUACCUUAUAUUGACUAA